AUGAGACUUCAGUGGAUUGGAGACACCUACGAUAUAUUAUCAAGAAAUUGUUUAAACUAUGCUGACUACUUUUGCAAUUUACUAGAUGUUGGAAGCAUACCCGAAUGGGUAAUGAGCUUACAAAAAAAUGUAAACUGGGUAAAAUCAAAUAUUAGUGUUGCAUCUAGUAAAUUAAAGGAACUAAAUAAAGCUUCUGGACUACCAAAUGUUUUUAAUUAUGUUAAGAAAAAAUACAAUAAAAAUGAUGAAAGUCCCAAAAAGUAA